AUGGCCGACGACGUGCGCGCCGCCGAGUCGGCCUUCAUCGUCACCAUCCCGGCCCGCCCCCUCCCGACGCAAGUCACCACCCUCCCUUCGCCGUGCCUUAACUCGCCGCGCCGCUCGCGGGGCCGUCUGCCCGCCUUCUUCCGCCACCGCCGCUCGCACCUGUCCCACGCAUCCAUGACCGCCUCCGACGACAACAAGCCCGCGUCGGACGCCCCGGACACCCCAGACAACUCGGACGACGACAUCUCUUCCGGCAUGAACGUGUUCCGAAAGCCCUCACGCAGGCCGUCCAACGGCGACGUCCUCCCCUUCGACGUCUCCAUCGUCUCCCCGCCCCCCUCGUACCUCGGCAGAUUCAAGCUCGAUCCCCACACAAACUGCGGCGAUGUCGUCGAGCAUGACGGCAUGCACUUUGUCGUCAAAAAGGUCAGAAUGCAGUACAAGUACUCGGCAGGCGCUUACAAGAUGGUCAGGAAGACCAUUGAAGUGAAGAGUCUCGCCAGAAAGGCACUGGACAGCUAUUUAGAGCGCGUGCUGAGGGACAGCUAGCAAUCGUCGAGCCUCGAUGUGUGAAUUAGUGUCAAGAAUUUCAGAUCACCAAGUCGGCGUUUGACGUUGCGUUUCGUGACCAUGAGAAGAGGUCUCGUGGCUCUGCCAUGGUGUGGACCUAUGCAUUGUCGCGAAGCGCGCGGGAUGAAUGCCUUGAUAGAGCCCGCGAGAGCGUUUUGGGCCUGUCUCGCCUUCUGAAGGAAGACUCAUCGGAAGAGGGCUAGCCUUGCCAAGGACUCAGGUGUCAGUGUUAUUGGUUAGAUAUGUUAUUGUAAGCGACAAUUACUUAUCAAGCAGAACCAAAACAGCUUAUUCUUGGUGUUGUGUACUAGUUAAGUUUAUGUAGUAGGUAAAGCCCGGGCUGUUGCAACCGUAUCAGGGACGAGAAGCGUACGUGCCUCGAAUCUUUAGCAGGUCUCUUGAUUAAGUUGGUGGCUGAGCACUCAAGUUAAAGAGGCGUACGUGCCUCGGAUCUUUAGGA